UGAAUGCGGAAGUUUGUCCAAUAGUAACGAAAGCUUUGAGUCGAGGGAGAAGUUCGCAGCUGGAAGCUUUAUUUUCGUACAGCGGCAGAAAACUUGAGCGCUCCAUCAUGGCUGCAGAGGUUUACGCUUCCACGACGACUCCCAACCCCAGAUCCCCCUUCUGCCUUUUUCCCUCAGAGCACCUGGAAAAACAACGCUUCAUCUUAAAAGGCGUUGAAGUGAUGCUGUCCUUCAUCGCCUUCAUCCUGGAGGAGACGGUUAACAGCUGCAUCAGCUGUUCUCCUCUCUACUUCUUUGAGUUUGUCAGCUGCACAGCCUUCCUCUUCACCCUGCUGCUGCUCAUCCUCCUCUCCACUCCGCUGUACCAAAAAAUCGGCAUCACCUCCUGGCCAACUGUGGACCUUGGUUACACCGGUGUCAUCUGUGUGCUGCUCUUCAUCUCCUCCUGUGUCUUCGCCUCAGAGCUCGGCAAUUUGGUUCAGGCCACCGUUGCUGUGGUCUUUGGCUUCUUGGCGACUGCGGCGUUUUUCGUUGACUUCAUCUUGAUGAUGAAGGUUCGCGGCAUUCCCUUUUUCAGCAAAGACGGGAAGCCGGGGCAAAGUAACGGCGUCCCACCAUCAGGAGAGGCGCAACCAGAGACAGAAAAGCUCAACGCGGCCAACCCAUGAGCAAGCCUCUGUUUGCUCAUGCGUGUGAGGUCACACAUUGUUUUCUGUAACAUGAUGCUGAAGGGCCUAGCUUCCAAAGCUGACCUCACCUCCGGUUUUCCAGCCUUUUUAAUUCCAGUUUCUAGCCAUAGUUUCCCACAGCUGAGCGCACUCUGCUCGCCAGUCAAUCAUCAGUUAUCAGUGAGCUGGCAGCGCAGAGCGCCCUCAGUGCCUCGAUUUUAAAUACCGAGUUUUUAAAGAAUAUUUUUUUAAAGAGACACUAAAACCAUCAGACCACUAAACGUCCUGCUGUAAGUUAGCUUUUAGGAUUUUUUUUUUUAAAGGCACAUUACGUGUUAAAUGCUUUGCUUUAUUGUCUUAUUGUGAUAAAAAUAAUUACAUAACCAAACAAAAGUCAGGUCCUGUGACAGCGCCAUGACCUCUGAUUGGUCCUGAGAUAAACCCGUUUCUCCAAUUAAUGCAGCAAAGUUAGGAUUUUCAAAUAUGUCUUCCUUUCGUUUUUAUGUUUGUGAAAUGUUGCACACUUUUACCUCUGCACACGAAGGAAUGUCUGUUCUUUAAAUUUUCUGUUGUGUCCCUGAAUGCCUCACGAUGCUUCAGAUAACUUUUAAAGUUGCAUCAAAUGAUCUAAAAGCAACAAAGAAACGUCACAGAAUUGUUGAGAUUCAGCGUUCGACUCUCUGUGAGGCUUUGUGCGCAAUGAUUCAGAGUGUCCAGCAGGGGGAGAUGUUCGCUCACAGUAAACCACGAGCCUCUGAUCGGACUCUUCCUCAUCUACUCAAAAACAGCAUCCAGGCUCCAUAAAUCGGCCCUCUACAGAAGUCUUAUUUAGUUGAUACAGAUGAGUUUAGGUUAAUGGAAGUUGAUGUAUUUUUAUUUAAUUUUGUAUCCAUAUACUGUGGAAACAUUCCCAUGUUCUUAGCCAGAAGUGCCGUAAUCCCUCCUGUCCAGUCCUAAACCCCUCCCGUCUCUAACGGGAGAGUUCUGUUUGCUGCAGUGAAACUGAGACCGUAAACUCAUCGGGGCAGCGUUGGGCUCAUUAUCAUCAUAAACAUCAUAAUCAGACUUUUAUUUUUCCUGAAACCACCAGAGGAGGCGCCCCCUGCUGGACAUGGCAGAAUUGGCCCCAUCCUUUUAAAGCUGUUUUAUGAGUUUAUUUCUAAAUGUGGAAAUGUGCCUUUUUUUUUAAAUAUACUUUUAUACUUUUAAACUCUUUUUAUAUGUUUGCUGGAAGAAAAUAUCAGUGUGAUCCAGCAAAAACUGCUCAGAGCUUUUUAUGAUUUUUGACUUUUAUCAAUAUUUUUGAUUUGAGAUGAAGUUGAUCAGAAUUUAGAUCCUAAUGAUUGAAAGUAAAGCUUGACCCGGUCGUGUUGAUUUUGGACCUAAUUGCUGAUGUGUGAAUGUGUCAAAGGUCUUGACAAGAACAAAAUGAUGACUAUCCGAGUGCAGCAUGUCCAGAAUCUGUGGGGUUCUCGUUUUUUGUGAGGGCAAAGCUGAGACUUUGGUUCUUUAUUCUGUCCUGUGGCUGAUUUUCAAGGUUUUUGUUGGUUCGAGAAAUGAACCGUCAGACAGUUGUAGGAGGAAAAUCAUGGGUGAAGUUAUUUUAGUGAAAAUAAAAUUAGGCUAACAACUUUAGAGAAAGUAAGUGAAAUGAUGCUGUUUGCUGACAGUGGAACUGCCCUGAGCUUUGGUCAGUGUGCUCACAGCUAUAAGUGUGCAAAAAUCCUCCAAAACAAAAGCACAGUUAUCACUGCAGGUGACGUUUCUUUGGCUAAAACCUCUCUGUCCAAUAUUGAAGGGCGUCACUGCAUAAAGCACCUUGAGGUCACUCGUUAUGAACUGCUGCAAUAUAAAUCAAAUCAGGUUAAACUGAAUAUGGCAAUAAGAAGUGCUUUUAAUUUUUUUUAAUGAUAAACCUAAAGUGAUGCAGCCUGCAGCUUUCUGCUGAUCUGUGAGCAGAUGUGAUGGAGUCAGAGUCCCAUCGCCCGCUGUCUGCUCCCGUCUCUCUCGGCGGUCACGUUGGUUGUUGUUUGCUCUUAUUUGGUUCUUUAUUUUAAACGUGGACCAGCUUCAGUAAUCCUCUGUCAUCAUGUUUGUGUGAAGUAUUCCUUUUAAUGAUUAUUACCUGUAAUCAGUUAAGUGAAACGCAUUCAAGUCACACGAGAAUCCUCACUUUUAAAGUCUUAUGGCCAGAAAAUGAAGCAGACUGCAACUUACAAAUCAUCCCCCCCCAAACUUCUUUAAUACUUUGUUGAAUUUUGUACGUGUUUAAGCAGGGAAGCUGGUGUUUUGUUCUUUAUUUCUGUGUCGAGUGAUCUCAUAUUUCUUGUACUUUUAAAUUAAUAAAUAAAUCACAUUCAGCUUUUUUUUUUCUUCUAAUAACCAGAAUGAAAUCAGUAUGAAAUUCAGAUGUAAAUAUUUUAGCUUGGAAUCAUAAAACACCAGAUUAAUGAAGGAGAAUCUUUUGAAUGGGACAUGUGCGAGUCUUUGAGAAUAAAAUUUGUUACUAAUUAAUGAGUACACUGGAACACUGAGAGGAAAUCACUUGAAAAACGUGUUUUUUAUUUGUCAGGUGAUCCAGAAAUCUGAAAGCAUUCAUAUUUGAGACCAAGUAAAUUUAAUUUUAGAGGAGAAACAUUGUUUUGUAAUGCGUGUAUAUGUUUCCAUGAUGCUUUUCUGUUUUUGCUUAGUCCAUCUGUGUGUGAACGUUCGGUUAUGAUGUCACUUAGUCUGUAAUUGCUGCAAUCACUCUUUUUCUGUUGUGUAAUAAACUGAUUUUCAAUAAA